UACCCGCGACUAACGAGUGUCACGUUCUCCUUGCAGUAAUCCAAGGGAUAUCGUUCAAUCCUCCAGUCGAAAGAGCGAAGUAUGGAGAUUCCAGAUUCUGCAAUUGAAUCUCAGGAGCGAAAAUUCGCUCUUCCUGUGGAUUCUGAACACAAGGCCACUGAGUUCAAAUUAUUCUCAGCGGCUAAACCCCACAUGCGAACAUUCCAUCUUUCUUGGAUCUCCUUCUUCGCAUGCUUCGUCUCUAGCUUCGCUGCUCCUCCUCUCCUUCCUCUCAUUCGCGAUAAUCUCAAUCUCACAGCCACAGACAUUGGAAAUGCUGGGAUUGCUUCUGUUUCUGGUGCAGUUUUCGCUCGAAUCGCAAUGGGCACCGUGUGUGACUUGUUUGGCCCUCGUCUUGCUUCCGCCUCUCUCAUUCUCCUCACAGUGCCGGCAGUCUAUUGUUCUUCCAUCAUCUCAUCUUCUACCUCCUUCCUUCUCGUUCGCUUCUUCACAGGCUUCUCUCUAUCCACCUUCGUCUCAACCCAGUUCUGGAUGAGCUCUAUGUUCUCUACUCGGGUCGUUGCUUCGGCCAAUGGACUCGCAGCUGGAUGGGGCAACCUAGGAGGAGGAGCCACACAGCUUGUUAUGCCUAUUGUAUUUGGAAUCGUACGUGAUAUUGGUGCUGAGAAAUUCACAGCAUGGCGAAUAGCGUUUUUCAUUCCUGCAAUAUUUCAGAUGUUAACAGCAUUUGCAGUGUUCAUAUUUGGCCAGGAUUUGCCAGAUGGGAAUUUCCACACCUUGAAGAAAUCUGGAGAGAAGGUAAAGGAUGACUUCAACAGAGUUCUUUUCUUUGGGAUUUCAAAUUACAGAGGGUGGAUUCUGGCAUUGACAUAUGGAUAUUGCUUUGGGGUAGAGCUAACAAUAGAUAACAUCAUAGCAGAGUAUUUCUAUGACAGAUUUAACCUGAAACUCCACACGGCAGGAAUAAUUGCUGCAAGUUUUGGAUUAGCUAAUAUAUUUUCUCGACCUGGCGGAGGGUAUAUGUCAGAUUUAGUGGGGAAGCGGUUUGGAAUGAGAGGAAGGCUUUGGGCCUUGUGGCUGUGUCAAACCAUAGGAGGCUUGUUCUGUGUAAUCCUCGGAAAGGUGGCAUCUUUAACAGUGUCCAUAAUUGUCAUGAUCAUAUUCUCUAUAUUUAUUCAAGCUGCCUGUGGGAUGACCUUUGGGGUGGUUCCUUUUGUAUCGAGAAGAUCAUUGGGGGUCAUCUCUGGAAUGACAGGAGGUGGAGGAAACGUGGGUGCAGUUUUGACGCAGUUAAUAUUCUUCACAGGAUCAAGAUAUUCAAAAGAAACAGGCAUUACCUUAAUGGGUGUGAUGAUCAUAUGUUGCACACUUCCAUUAUGUUUGAUAUACUUCCCCCAAUGGGGUGGCAUGCUUUGUGGUCCAUCGUCGAAGCAAUUUUCUGAAGAAGAUUACUACUUGUCUGAGUGGAGUUCCAAGGAACAAGAGAAAGGGUCCCACCAUGGAAGCUUGAAGUUUGCAGAUAACAGCAGAAGUGAAAGAGGCAGAAGCAGUGCUCGCUCUGCUGCAACCAGGCCUUCUGAUGAUGUCACGCCACCACGUGUCUGAAGAUUUGCAAUGUGCUCUCAAGAAUCAACUUAUUGUGUCAAUAAUAAUAUUCUGGCUUGCUUAUAGAUAUAGGGUUGGCUAUGGUAUUUUGAAGAUUAUGUACACUGCGUCUGUGAAAUCUACUUUCUUCUGCUAGUUAUGUCUACUAGUCUACCAGUAUGUAAAUUCCGUAGAAAAUAAAUUGAUGUGGCUCGCUUGCAAAUAUUACUUUUUGGGUUGUGAGAACAUCUAAGUAUUAGAAUGGUUAUGUGAUUUGACCUUGGUUUGAA